AUGGUGAAGAAGACCAUCCAAAUAGAUAUCUAUUGGUGCGUCCACUCCAGCAAAGUCACCCUGAAUUCCCUGACCAGUCCUGUGGUGAUCUCUGGAGGUUAUGUGACCCUUCAGUGCUCCUCAAAAGAGAAAUACAACAGUUUCAUUCUAAUGAAGGAAGAUGAGAAAUUCUCCAGGGCCAUGCCAGUAUGGAACACAAACAGUGGUGUUUUCCAGGCCCUGUUCCGAGUAGAUCAUGUGACUCCCAACCAGAGAUGGAGGUUCACAUGCUAUGGCUAUUACCAGAACAGCUCCCAUCUGUGGUCAGUACCCAGUAACAACCUAGAACUCCUGGUCUCAGGGACCCUCCAGAAACCCACAAUCAGGGCUGAGCCAGGCUCUAUGAUCACCUUACGGAAUCUGGUGACAAUAUGGUGUGAGGGAAACAUGGAAACCCAAAUAUGUUUCUUGCAUAAAGAAGGACGCCCAGCACCCCUGGGCAGAUUAACUGCACCAGUCACUGAUCGCAAAGCAAAUUUUUUCAUCUCAUCCAUGACAGAGUAUGAUGCAGGGCGGUAUCGCUGUUAUUGUUACAACUCUGCUGGGUGGACUCAGCACAGUGACACCCUGGAGUUGGUGGUGACAGGUGUCCACCCUGUUAAACCUACUCUGUCAGUUUUUCCAAGUCCUGUGGUGACCUCAGGAAUGAAUGUGACCCUCCAAUGUGUCUCAUCAAAAGGAUAUGAUUAUUUCAUUGUGACUGGGGUAGAUCAGAAUUUCUCCAGGUCCCUCAAGGCACAGUAUAGACACACUGGACAAUCCACAGCUCUGUUUCCUGAGAUCCCUGUGGCAUCCAGCAAGAGUCUGUCCUUUAGAUGUUAUGGAUACUAUACAAAUGCCCCACAAGUGUGGUCAGAGGCCAGUGACCAUCUGGAGAUCCAUGUCUCAGGGUUAUCCAAGAAGCCCUCCCUGCUGACCCAGCAAGGAUCUGUCCUGGCCCCUGGAGAGGAUCUGACCCUCCAGUGUUGCUCAGACAUGAGUUAUGACAGAUUUGCUCUGUCCAAGGAGGGUAGAAGUGACCUCCCACAGAUGGCUGCCCAUUAUACACAGGUGGAAGGAUCUCAUGCCAACUUCACCUUAGGUUCUGUGAAAUUCUCCACUGGUGGCCGGUAUAGAUGCCAUGGUUCAUACAUCUCCUCUUCCGAGUGGUCAGCCCCAAGUGACCCUUUGGACAUCCUGAUCACAGGACAAUUUCUUGUCACACCCAACCUCUCAGUGCAUCCAGGCACCACCGUGUCCUCAGGAGAGAAUGUGACCCUGCUAUGUCAAUCAUCAAUCCCAAUGGACAGUUUCUUUCUCUUCAAGAAGGGUGCAUCCCAUUCCUACAUGCAUCAACUAUCAAAGUACCAAGAUUCACAAUAUGAGGCAGAAUUCCCCAUGAGUGCUGAAAUCUCAGACCUUGGGGGCAUCUAUACAUGCUUUGGUUCUAAUAACUCGUCCCCUUACCUGUUGUCACACUCCAGUGUCCCUGUGGAGAUCAUAGUCUCAGGGCUGGCAAGAUAUUCGAAGAUUUUGAUUGGAGUCUCUGUAGGAUUCCUUCUCCUGCUCUUCCUUCUUGCCCUCUUCCUUCUACUCAGACUGAGACACCAGAACAAAUGCAGGAAGGGAGUCCAAACAGAGACCAACUUGCAACAUCCUGCAGAAGCUCCAGAGCCAGUGAUCAGGGACAAAAGCAUCCGGAUGAGCUCUAGCCCAGCUGCUGGUAUCCAGGAAGAAAUCUUCUAUGCUGCUGUGAAGGGCGCAGAGAUUACAGAGCAUGUGAUGCUGGCCAGUGUGAGCCAGCAUAAGGAAGAUCACCCCAAAGACUUAUAUGCCCAGGUUAAACCUUCCAGAUUCAGAAGGGCAGAGCCUAUCUCUCCUUCCCUCAUGCCAAAGGGAUUGCUAGACUCAAAGGACAGAAAUUCAAAAGAAGACCAAAUUGCUGCAGCCAAGGAGCCCGAUGAAGUGACCUAUGCCCAACUACACAUCAUGACUCCUAGACAGAGGCAGCAGAAUGUCACAUUUCUCAGGCAGAAAAGUUCAACUUGA